CAUGACUGUAUUUUUACUUGCAGGAGAAAAUGGGGGCGUCAGAGUCGCAUACAAGUGCUCUAUCUGAGGCAAGAAAGAGGGAGCUGGAGAGAAAAGAGAGAGAACUGAACAAAACAGCCAUGGAACUGGAUAGAAGAGCGAUGGAACUGGAUAAAAGUGCAAUGGAUCCAGAUAUGAGAGAGGGAGACCUGGAGAGAAGGGAGAAAGAACUGAAGCAAAGAGAAACAGAACUGGAUAAAAGACUGAUGGACCUGUAGAGAACUGUUUGGUGCUGGUUUACAAGAGAGAUGGAACAAGAUAUUAAAGAGACAGAACAGGAGAAAACAGCGAUGGAUCCAGAUAUUAGAGUGAGACAACCAGAGAAAAGAGUGAUUGAACCCUAUAUUAAAGAGAGAGAACUGGAGAAAAGAGCAAUGGAACUGGAUAGAAGAGCGAUGGACAUGCAUGUGGAACUGAAUAGAAGAGGGAUGGAAAUGGAUAUUAGACAGAGAGAAAUUGAGAAAAGAGCGGAGAGAAGACAGACUGAACUGGAUAAAAGACUGAUGGACCUGCAUGUAAGGCAAUAUAAGCUGUAUAUAAGAAACAGAGAAGAAAUGGAACUGGAUGGAAGAGAGAUAGAACUGAAGAAAAGAGAGAUGGAACCAGAUAUUAGAGAGAUAGAAAUGGAGAGAAAAGACAUGGAACUGUAUAUUAGAGAGAGUGAACUGGAUAGAAUAGAGAGCGAAAUGGAGAGAAAAGAGAUGGAACUGGAUAGAAGAGAGAGAGAACUGGAUAGAAGAGAGAGAGAACUGGAUAAAAGAGCGAGCGAAAUGGAGAGAAGAGAAACUGAACUGGAUAAAAGAGAGAGCGAACUGGAUAGAAGGCCUGAAGGAAUGAAACCUGUGCGAACUAGCAGCAAUGAGUUAGACCAUCCUAACAUGUCUGAAAGUGAGAACAAAUCUCCAACCUAUCUGAAUGGAAAUUGAAGCGAGUUGAAGGAUGUUCCAGUUUUCCAGUGAAGGUCGAAUACAGCUGAUCAAUUGAUUCAAUUGAGUUGCUUUGAAUGAAAUCAUCUGCUAGCUAAAUGUAAAAUGUGAAAUACAGAGUUCUAGCAUGAAACUCUAAAUGGCGCAGUCCAAUAGGUCUAACUCAAUCUGACCUAAUGACAUCAUUAUCACAUGGCACAGCUGAUUGGUU